AUGAGUCUUAAAAUCCAUAUUGAUCGAGGAGGAACAUUUACAGACGCUAUUGCCACGUUCACCGACAAGUCCCGUGAACCAAUUGCCAUUAAACUUCUGUCAGAAGAUCCUAGUAAUUAUAAAGAUGCUCCGUUAGAAGCUAUUCGGCAGAUUUUGGAGAAAGCAACGGGAAAAUUGUUUCCUCGAAAUGAACCUCUCGAUACCUCCUCCAUUUAUCAUAUUCGCUGUGGAACUACAGUAGCUACAAACGCUUUGCUCGAGCGAAAGGGUGAACGUUGUGCAUUUAUCACCACCAAAGGAUUCAAAGAUGCUUUAAUAAUCGGCACGCAAGCGAGACCUAAUAUUUUUGAGCUUGAUAUUAAACGCCCCGAAGUACUGUAUUCUAAAGUGGUCGAAAUCAAUGAACGAGUAACGCUGGAGGAUUUUGUCGAGGAUCCUAGCAAUACAAAAACAAAGAUUGACGGUAAUGACCCCGACUUGGUGAUUGGAAGAUCAGGAGAGGUUGUACGGAUUUUAAAGCGCAUCGACGAGAACGAAGUCCGUUUAGCUCUUAAAGGACUACGUGAUGAAGGGUUUCAGAGCUUAGCCGUCUGUUUUGCUCACAGCUUCACUUAUCCAGAACACGAAAACAUUGUCGGACGAAUUGCAAAGGAACUCGGUUUUGAACAUGUUAGUCUUUCUGCCCAACUCAUGCCUAUGAUUAAAUUCGUUUCUCGUGCGAAUUCUGCCACUGCGGAUGCCUACCUUUCCCCCGUCGUACAAAAGUACAUCUCUGGCUUUGCUGCUGGCCUUGAACAUGGCAUCGCUAAGAGUGACCGUUCCGGCACUGGUACUGGUUCCGGAACACGUUGUGAAUUUAUGCAAAGUGACGGAGGUCUUAUUGACGUGAGCAUGUUUUCUGGCCUUCGUGCAAUCUUGUCUGGACCAGCUGGCGGCGUUGUCGGAUAUUCUCUUACUUCUUAUGACGAUCGAACUAAGAUUCCCGUUAUUGGUUUUGACAUGGGUGGUACUUCUACAGAUGUCUCUCGUUUCGGCGGUGAGUACGAGCUUGUCUUUGAAACAACUACCGCUGGCAUAACUAUACAAUCCCCUCAGCUCGAUAUAAACACCGUUGCAGCCGGAGGAGGUUCUCGUCUUUUUUGGAAGAAUGGUCUCUUCAAUGUCGGUCCUGAAAGUGCAGGGGCACAUCCUGGACCUGUAUGCUAUCGCAAAAAUGGUUAUCUGGCAGUAACAGAUGCCAACCUUGUCUUGGGACGUUUACUCCCCGAGUCGUUUCCCAACAUCUUUGGUCCCAAUGAAAAUGAACCGCUAGACUAUGAGGCUGCAUUUCACGCAUUGUCCGAAGUAACGAAACAGGUGAAUGCCGAAACUAAUGCAAACAUGACUGUGGACCAGGUCGCCUAUGGUUUUAUUAAAAUAGCCAACGAAUUAAUGGCUCGUCCCAUUCGAGCACUAACUGAAGCCAAGGGCCAUGAUGUAUCCAAGCACCGUUUGGCAUCGUUCGGAGGUGCUGGGGGUCAGCACUGCGUUGCUGUUGCUCAAUCCUUAGGCAUCCAUCAAGUGCUCAUUCACAAGUAUAGCUCUAUGCUUUCUGCUUAUGGUAUGGCGCUGGCUGAUGUCAUUGCAGAAGUUCAAAAACCAACUUCAGAAAAGUUGGAAAAGAAUUCUAUUCCCGUUUUCCAGCAGCAGUUUUCCGAACUUCAACAAGAAGCUCGCGGCACAUUAAAGAAACAGGGAUUUUCAGAUGAGCAGAUUGGCUAUACUCUUUAUCUUAACUGCAGGUACGAGGGUACCGAAAGUGCUAUCAUGAUCCGAAAACCUAACGAGUCUUGGGAUUUCUUGGGAGCAUUUCUUGCUCAACAUAAGCAAGAAUAUGGCUUCUUGUUUGAAGGACGUGAUGUUGUAGUGGAUGAUUUACGUGUUCGCGCAACUGGAAAGAGUGAGUCCUUGGACGAGGAAAGCGUUGAUUCACAAUUAGAGAGUCUCAAAUUCCAUACUCUGAGCACUGACGCGGCCGACGAAAUGCGAUCCGUAUAUUUUGAGGGUGGUCGUCGAGAAACACCUGUCUAUUACAUGAAAAAUCUACAAGCUGGCAGCAAGAUAAACGGACCGUGUAUGGUUGUUGACAACACGCAAACAAUUGUCGUUCCCCCCAAUUGCACUGUUUUGUCACUCAAAACUCACACUGUGAUUAAUGUUGAGAAAGAAAAGACGAAUGAGCUUGCCAUCGAUGGAAUAAUUGAUCCCAUCUAUCUUUCAAUUUUUGGUUCUCGCUUCAUGGCCGUCGCCGAACAAAUGGGUUACACGUUACAGAAAACUAGUGUAUCAACAAAUGUGAAAGAGAGACUUGAUUAUUCAUGUGCUAUCUUCGACGCUGAUGGCGGUCUUGUUGCAAAUGCCCCACAUUUGCCUGUACACUUGGGUUCUAUGUCUACUUGUGUACGUACCCAAGCUGAACUGCAUAAAGGGACUCUGAAACAAGGUGAUGUUCUUGUAACUAACCAUCCUUCUUACGGAGGAACACACCUCCCGGAUAUCACCACAAUUACUCCGCAUUUUCAUAACGGUAAAAUUGUUUUCUACGUUGCUUCAAGAGCUCACCAUGCUGAUAUUGGUGGGCUUCUUCCAGGAAGUAUGCCUCCCUCAAGUAAAGAACUUGCUGAAGAAGGAGCGCGCAUUAAGAGUGACAAGGUUGUAAUUGAAGGAAACUUUAACGAAAAGCGAAUGAUUGAGCUGUUGCAGGACGAGCCUGCAACAAUUGAAGGGUGCUCGGGUACUAGAUGCCUGACUCAUAAUUUAAAUGACUUGAGAGCCCAAGUGGCGGCAAACCAAAAGGGUAUCAACCUUAUUGGAUCUCUAUUCGCGGAAUAUGGUGAGCCUGUUGUUCUUAAAUACAUGCGUGCUAUUCAGGAAAAUGCGGAAAACGCAGUACGACAAUUGUUGAUGAAGGUUAAGGAGCGUUUUAAGGGACAAGAUUUGCACGCAGAAGAUUUUAUGGAUGACGGAACAAGGAUUGCUCUUCGUAUCUCAAUUGACGGCGAGACUGGAGAUGCUGAUUUUGAUUUUACCGGUACUAGUGAAGAAGUGUAUGGAAAUACAAAUGCGCCAAUGGCCAUUACAUAUAGUGCCAUCAUUUAUGUUUUGCGCGCACUAAUCUCUGAAUCAAUACCUUUAAAUCAGGGUUGUUUGAAACCGGUCAAGGUACACAUUCCCGAGAACAGUUUGCUGUGUCCUUCUGAAACAGCAGCUGUUGUCGGAGGUAACGUGUUGACUUCGCAGCGCAUUACUGAUGUUAUUCUUCGUGCUUUCCAGGCAUGUGCUGCUAGUCAAGGUGAUAUGAACAACCUUACUUUUGGUAUUGGCGGCAAGGAUCCCGAAACUGGAGAAGUGAAACCGGGUUUUGGGUACUACGAAACAAUAUGUGGAGGUUCGGGUGCCUGUAAUGGCUCUGAUGGCGUUUCUGGUGUGCAUACACACAUGACGAACACACGAAUUACUGAUUUGGAAGUCCUUGAGCGGCGAUACCCCGUUAUCUUGCACCAGUUCUCUCUCCGACCUAACUCUGGAGGCAAGGGUCAAUGGAUUGGUGGUGAUGGAGUAAUUCGAGACAUUGAGUUUCGUAUUCCCUUAAUGGUUUCUAUAUUAUCUGAACGACGAGUAUACCAUCCAUACGGCCUCAAAGGUGGAGAACCGGCAGAGCGUGGAAAGAACAUAUGGUUGCGAAAUCGGAAGCUUUCCAAUGGCGAACUUUCUGUACGCCGUAUAAAUUUGGGAGGAAAAAACACUUGCAAUAUGAUGCCUGGCGACCACUUUAUCAUUUACACUCCUGGAGGCGGUGGUUUUGGACCUGCAACUAAACGCAAGGAAAGUAUGCAACAAUCAGGUGGGGUUGAUGCAUGUCGUGCCAAUGGAAGUAUCAAAAUUAGACAGGGAGCACAAUUGACGAAUUAG